AUGUGUUCUUCAGAAGCUAGGGCGUACCCCAGAAGCGACGCGCAUUGUCCUCGCCCGGGCAAUGUGGCAAAUAUACGAGGGCUACCGACUAGAGGACGAAGCCGGCCAAAGAAGUUAGUCCGCCAUCGCCAGCAACAUCCAGUGCGCUUGGCAACACUUAACGUUGGGACGCUUACUGGAAGAAGUCGUGAACUGGCAGACAGUCUCAGAAAACGCCGUGUUGACAUAUGUUGUGUACAGGAGACUCGCUGGAAAGGCUCCAAGGCAAGGGAAUUAGGCGAUGGCUACAAGCUGAUCUACCACGGCACAUCAAAUCGCAACGGCGUUGGUAUCAUAUUGAACGAGUCGUUUAGAAAUAGCGUCACAGCGGUGGAUCGACUAUCGGAUCGCUUGAUGGCUAUAAAAGUAGAUACAGGAGAAGUGGAAUUGCGAGUCGUCUCUGCUUAUGCACCACAGAUGGGCUGUAGUGAAGAAGAGAAGGUGUGCUUUUGGGAAGAUCUGGAGCAGUACGUCGAAUCCCUGGAAAGCGAAGAAGUACUUUUAAUCGGAGGAGACUUCAACGGACAUGUCGGUUCCCGGAAAGAUGGAUUCGAGAGUUGUCAUGGUGGAUACGGCUAUGGAGCUCGUAACGACGACGGGUUGCGAAUCCUGGAGUAUGCUGUUGCAAGUGACUUGAUCAUUGCUAACACGCAGUAUCGGGAAAGAAAAUCGCAUUUGAUCACGUACACCAGCUGCGGUCGUGAAACACAAAUAGAUUUCUGGAUGUUACGCCGACGAGAUCGCCGACUUCUGCAGGAUUCAAAAGUCAUCCCUACAGACCAUGUCGCUGCCCAGCACCAUCUGCUCGUUAUGGACUUGAAAAUCUCCCGUCCAAGGAAGAGACAUCCAAGGACUGAAACACAGCGCAUCAAAUGGUGGAAUCUGAAGGAUCGAAAGGAGGUAUUUUUCGUGUCCAUGGCUCCAUCUACACUUCACCACCCUACUCGUAGUGUGGAGGAAAUGUGGUUGUCUACUUCCAGCGUUAUACGCUUGACCGCGGAAAACACUCUGGGAAAGACGGCUCUAGGUAAGCCAAAGGUACAAAAGGCUACAUGGUUUUGGAACGAGGAAGUUCAGGCGGCAAUUCGUGAGAAGAAGUCCAAGUAUAAGCUCUGGUGGAGGACGCGUCAGCCUGAAGAUCGGGGUGCUUACCUAGCGGCGAAGAGGGAGGCUAAGAAGGCAGUCUCCAAGGCGAAGUCGGACCGCUACAAGGCUGUGUACGACAUGCUUGAUACCAGAGAAGGCGAGCGGGCAGUGUAUCGUUUAGUCAGAGCACGUCAUCGCUCAACGUUGGAUAUGGAGCACACCAAGAUCGUUAAGGGAGUUGAUGGAGCCGUUCUGCGCCGCUCUGGUCAGAUCCUGGAGAGGUGGCGAGAGUACUACAAUCAUUUGUGUAACGAAGAGUUCUGUCAUCCUCCCAUCCCAACCGUUCCCAGCGUCGAGGGUCCUGUUCUACCAAUUACUGCCGUCGAAGUCAGUGCUGCCCUCGCAAAAAUGAAGUCGAACAAGGCAACCGGUCCUGAUGACAUACCUGUUGAUUUCUGGAAGCUGCUAGGAGAUCGAGGGUCCAUGUGGCUCGCAACUCUAUUUAACAAGAUCGUUGCAGAAGGACGGACUCCAGACGUUUGGCAAACUUCCGUGACCGUGCCUGUCUGGAAAGGGAAAGGAGACAUUGCUGACUGCACCUCGUACAGGCCUAUACGACUGCUCUGCCAUACGAUGAAGGUUUUUGAGCGUGUCCUGGAAGCUCGUCUGAGGAAAAUUGUUAGCGUUUCACUCAACCAGUGCGGUUUUGUGAAGGACUGCAACACUAUAGAUGCUAUCCAUGCUGUCCGAAUCCUCCUGGAGAAACAUCGAGAGAAGAACCGCAGUGUGCAUCUUGCUUUUUUCGAUCUCGAGAAAGCUUUCGACCGUGUCCCACAUGAGCUGUUAUGGAUGUCCAUGAGGUCGCAUAGAGUAUCAGAAGAAUAUGUACGGUGGACGAAGCUGCUUUAUGCGAAGCCUACCAGCGUUGUACGAUGUGCUGUUGGAACAAGCAGGCCAUUCCCUGUACGAGUAGGGGUUCAUCAGGGUUCAUCCCUCUCACCUCUGCUGUUCAUACUGUGCAUGGACACGAUAACGAAGGAAAUCCAGAAGCAGCAUCCGUGGACUCUACUCUUUGCCGACGAUGUCAUGCUCGCGUCGGAGUCUCGAGAUGAUCUUCAGAAACAAGUGCAGUCUUGGAAGGAUCAGCUGCAGCAAUAUGGAUUGCGCCUCAACACAUCAAAAACUGAGUACAUGGAGUGCGGACCCAGGAUAGAGGAUGGUUCAAUUCGUGUUGAUGGCACCGAAUUAAACAAGGUGAACUGCUUCAAGUACCUUGGAUCCAAAGUGACUUCCACAGGCGACAUUGAUCAAGAGGGUCGAGCACGUGUUAAUGCUGCAUGGAUGAAAUGGAAAAUGGCAAAGGGGACGGUUGUGCGUCCUGUUGCCCUUUACGGAUGCGAGUGCUGGCCGACAACGAAAGCCUUGGAAAGAGUGCUGCACGCUAUGGAGAUGCGGAUGUUGAGGUGGACGAUAGGUGUAACGCUAAAAGAGAAAGUAUCCAACGACACUGUGCGCUCCAUCUUCGGUGUCGUCCCGAUAACUGAGAAGAUGAAGGAGGCGCGACUGAGAUGGUUUGGUCACGUAUUGCGGCGGGAGGAAGAUUCUGUUGCCAAAACCGCUCUGAAGCUCGACGUUUCAGGAGUGAGGCCGCGCGGGAGGCCAAAGAUUCGCUGGUUAGACCGUGUGAAGCUGGACAUGAUAGAUGCACGUUUGUGUACGGCUGAUGCAAUGGAUAGAACCAAAUGGAAGACAAGAAGAAGCAGAAAAGCGGACCCUGCAACAACGCGGGACAAACGCUAG